AUGUUCGAUUGCAUUGAUAUUUGCCUUGAUGUCAUUUAUAUUGUUUACAUAAAUUACAUUUCUAAAAAUAAACGCCAAACUAAAAGGAGCAUCACGGACCGGAAGAAAAGAGAUGGGAUCGCAUCACUAGGAGACGAUUAUUAUACAUCGCUGCGUCAGCAGAGAGCAAAUUUUCGAAUACAUCUGAUUAGGAGGAUCAAAGGAUUGAGAAGGAUUGAAAGCGACGCAGAUCCACGCAAGGAUGAGACGAAGAAACCUAGCGACGAUGCGGAGGGUCCGACGGUCUCAGACGAUAUCAUCGAUGCGUGGCUCACGGAGGAGGAUAAGAAUCUCUUGAGAUACUACCACUAUAUUCUUCAUGACGUCAGUGAUGCUCACGCGGGCACCUUAGAUUCUGAUACGUUAAAGAAGAUACGGGCUACGGUGCCCGCUGAAUGGCAGAAGCGGCACGACAAGUGCCUCGCUCAAUUGAUCCAGGAAAUAAAACGCGACUAUGUUAUGAGCAUGAAAAAGUCCAUCGUCGAUUUCACGCUUCAAGAACCCUUCGGGGAGGUGGACGCACCCUGCGCGCUGGUUAGUAUCGUGUGCAUAAUAAUAUUUAAUAUUAAUGCCAACUUUAAUAUUUAUCAUCACCCCUUUAUUAAACACCCGGAAUGGAAGGCUCCGACGCACUCUCGAGUAAUCGCCGAGCCGUUCUCGCCGGAGUACAGCGACAAAUAUCGCAGGAUAAAGUCGACGCUGGAGAGAAGAUCGAUUAUUUUGUAUCAUCCGUGUAUACGCAAGAUUUUAGAUUACUGGUAUCGCGAAUACGGAGACAUCAAGCAAGUGGACAAACUGGAGUUGGCGUCGUUCGGAAAAUCGUACGAUCUUCCGAGCUUCGACUAUAAAUUUUCGAGGAUGCUGAGGAGCACGAACGACAAAGUUCUCCAGCAGUGGCUGUCGAGGAUUUGCGAUAUUUUAGUAGCAGCCUCGAAGAAGAAAAAUCUGCCAGCAACGACCGAUUUCCGAUACAAGAGAUUCUUCAACUGCCUCGCCUACGUUAUGGAGAAUCAAUUGCGGGAUUUGUGCCUGCGUUCGAUAGAGGACUACAUCGAUUAUCUCGUGGACGUGGGUGUAAGUUGA